AUGAUUUACAUCACAUUAUUGAGUUGUAUUCUUCAGAGCAUAGCCAAAGAUUGCUCUUUAUUUCCAAGUGAUUACACAAAGAUAGUCGGAAAGGAAAACGAAAUAAUCGUUUAGGAUAUAUAGGAGUAUUUUAUUUAAGUUAAAUACAACGACACCGUCACAUUAACUGAUUAAAAUAACAAGCUUACUUUGCUACCACCGAUUUAUUUAAAAACUAAUAACGAAUUGGUUCCCAAUGGUAUUAUAUUAACUAAAAUAUAUUUUAGUCAAUAAGGUUUUAUCUUACUCAGUGUUGACAACUAAAAGUUAAUGGAUGAAUAAAUUUCAGCUACUAGCUAUCAGAAAUCAAGAUGAAUAAAUUUUAGCAUGGACAGAAAAAAUUGUUGCAGGUACUUAAUAGAGAUACCCAACCUUUGAUAAAACAAUUUCCCUUGGAAGGACUGACGAAGUUAUUUGCCAAUCUUCAACUAUUUUAGAUAUAAAUCAUCUACUAAUAGAUUGCUACUAGGUUAAUGAUUAAGAGCCAUAAACUUAUUUUUAUAUGAUUAGCGAAAAAGAUGCUUAAUAAUAAUUAAAAAUAGAAAAUGCGUAUCCAUAUCAAAAAAAUUAAUAAAGAUACAUUGUAAGCACUCAGAACUACAUAUAUAGAAUUACUUUGAAAACUAAUAAUAAUCCAGCAAUUAUUGAAUUGUUUACUUAUGAUUUAGUCAAUAAGGACAUAAAGCUCCAAAAGACUAUUAACUAAGAGUUAAUUCAAUAAUACGUGAAUAUUACCGAAUAUUCCUUUGAUAUGGUUGAUGCCAAGAUCAGUCCAACUGAUUAAAUUGCUAUUUUAGAUAAGACUGGAAAUGUAUUUUUACUCCAAUACUACUCCUCAAAUGAUACAAUCAAAUUUAAUCAGGAGGGAUAUCUCUUAGGAGAAUCUUUUGCUUUUGAUUAUUAAUUUAAUCAUUAAGAGUUUGUAAUUGUAUAAAAAAACUCUGUCUAAAAAAGCCAUAGAAGUUACGAUUCAUUAGAAGACCUAUCAAAUUCGAAAAUUCAUUACAGCAAUGAUUUUAUAUUUUUAACUUCCCCCACUCAAAUUAUAGCAUUUGAUAAAUAUUUGGAGGUAAGUGAAAUUGCAUAAGGCGAUUUCAGCAAUGUAAUUGCAGAUUAAACUUAAAAUGACUUCUUAGUCUUCACCAAUACAAAUAUUAAACAUUAUUUACGUAAUCCUCACUAUAGAAUCUAGUAUCAUAAUAAUGAGCAAGGCAUUACUGGAAAUUCAAUACUCAAACUCAACGACUGUUAAGUCACUAUAGAAUAUCAGACAGUUUCAGCGAAGUCAGUCGAUUUGGUACUAGUAUCAAAGGGAAAUAUUUAAGAUUCUCCAUUUUUCACAUAAAAAAUAUUUUUUAAUGAUUUCAAUGUCCGUCCGAGAUAAUUGGUCUCAGGUCCAAAACAAAAUAUUAGUUUUUAAAAGAAUACUAAAAAUGAUCAAAAUAGUGGUGGAAAUUUGACUUAUAUUGCAGUUUAGGGAGAUACGUUUGAUAAGUAUACUAAUAAAAAUUUGAGUUUAACUGACUUAAUCUUCCUUUAAACUGUUUCUAUGGCUUAAUCUUUUGAUUAACCUUUUUCAAUAAUCACUUAGAAUAAACAAAAAGAAUUGGCUAUAUAUAAUUGCUAAUCUCGUACAGCUGAAAUAUGUUAAUUGUCCUAUUAGUCAAAGUUGGAUUUUGAAAUUACUAAGGAAAAUACUGUUAUCCAAUAUUAUUUUUAUUAAUUUACAUUCAUUACACUACUAAAUGAGAAAACACUGUUCUUUUAUAAAUAUUAUUCAAACAGCUAUCUCAAUAGAACUAUUACGCUUAAAGAUGAGGACGAAAUCAAAAGCAUAGAUAGCAUUUACUUGAGUUAUUCGUAUUUGCUCCUAUUUUCUAAAGCAGCCAAAACUAUCGGAGUGUAUAAUUUUGAGUAUGUCGAUUUACUUUAUAUUAUAAACCCUGAGAAAUUGAGCAAAUUAGGAUUUGCCGAUUGGGAUCCAUAAAGAUUAUAUUCAAAUGAUUUUGACCAACAAUUAUUUGUUGUAAAUGGAGAAGCAUAGAAUCAACUUCUGAUCUUGAAUUUAACAAAAACAGAUUUCUCUUUUGGUUAUCAAAUGGCUAUUUCACAAUCUUAGGAUAUUAGGAUUAUUAGUUUUUAUGAGAGAUUUGCUAUACUUUAAUAGUAAGCCUAAGGAAAAUUUACAUUCUAAAUUUACAAUAGAUAGGAUCCUACAAAUAUCUAUCUUGAGAAAACUCCAUCUUUUUAUGAUUAUUAAAUUGAAAGUUUUGACUCAUUCUUUUGGGUUUCUUAUAAUGGUUUGUUGCACGUCAAAGCAAAAUCAGAAUUCAAAUCUGUUAUCUUAUCGUAUAUUGUUGAUUUGACUGAUCAUAAUUCAUUAUAUUGUGUACAAGAUUGGGACCCAGUCAAUCAAUUUGUGGCAGCAACCUAGAAUACAGUAUUCUAAUUUAAUAAGGACAAUGUUUGGGUAUAUUAUAUCUAAAGGUACCCUUACGUGUCAUAUUCAGUUAGUUUUGAUGACAGUACUUUUAUUUCAAAUUAGGACUAUAACAUAGUUUACUCAAAUGAAUAACUUUUAUUGGUUAAUAAAAAUUUCAGAUUGGUUAACAUCUAUAUUGAUUUGAAGAUUAGUUAGGAUAAAUUGAACAUAACCACUAAUUUAACAUCAAAUCAAGAACACAAUUACAUUUAAGAUAUGGGUACUGAUUGGUUUUCAGGAGAAGUCACCUAAUUUGAAUUGUAUUUACCUCAAUUUAAUGAUCAAAAAGCAGAAAUAAUAAAUCCUAUUGAAGUUGUAAAACCAUAUUAUCAAAAUAAUACUAUGAAUGUUGUUGAUUUCAGUACAAACUAUAUUUUUGUUCUUAAAAAUGACUCCUAUGUUCUUAUUAGUAAGAAGACAAAUGAAGUUGUAGUCACUGAAAAAAUAACUAAAGGUUAUUUAUGUCAAGAUGUCAUAGCAAGUUUUGAUUCCUAGGUCUUGAUAUAAUGUAUUAAAGAAGAAUUAUAGUAUGUUGGUGGAAUACAAUGUGAAAAUACUAAUUGUAAAAUAGGUAGUUCUUGGUUAUAAAUAAGUGAAGAAAUAAUAUCAGGAUACAUAGAUAAUGAAAAUAUCUUUAUUAUUGAAAGACAGGAGAUCUUGGCUUACUCAAAAAAUAUUCUAGAUUUAUCCAAAGCUUAAAAUUAUGGUAAGGUAAGUGUUAAUGAUUUGGAUAAUUUCUAGUAUGGAUUAACUAUUAAAAAAAUUAAGAAGAAUCACUAUCACGUGUAUUGCACUGAUCAUAAUUAUGCAUUUAUUGUACUUGAAUAUAGCAUAAAAGAGAAUCAAAUAUAAAGAACCAACAAAAUUACUUUCAAUUUAUACGAUUUUAUAAAUCAAAACUUCUAUUAACUUACAGGAACCAUUUACUCUUGCAUCAGAACAAUUAAUGUUGUGAUUACUGAUACAUCAUACAAAGCAGACUUUAUUCUAUUUGCCACUGCUGGUCCUCAUUAUGGAGUACACAUUGAGUUUUCAUGUACUGCUGACCAAUGUAGUUUGGAAUAGAAAAAGAUUGCUUUUGUGUUGCAAGGCUAUGGAUCAUUCGAACUCUUAGGAUACAUAUUCUCAAAUGUUAGAAUUGUUAAUAAUUUCGUAUAAGUUUCCUAUACAGAUUCUGGCAGAAUCAAAUUGGUUUAGACAAUCUAUUAAUUACCUAAGGUUUAAACUACAAAUUCAGCUGUAAUCUUUUUUGCAGCCUUAAGACCGACAUACUAUUAUAACAGGAAUUUCAUCUAAGAGGAAUUUUACUCUUACGAAAACUAAGUAAUUUUAUAUAUUUAUAAUUAGUUGUAUUACAUUACCAAUUCAGAACAUAUUGAUUAAUUAGGUUUAUAUAAAAUUAAUUCAUCUCCACAACUAUUGCUCAACGGAAAAUUUGAUAAAUCCUCUGGGUAUAUUAGAGUUAAAAAUGAUUUUUCAUUUGAUUAAAUACCCAUUACUAUUCAAGGACCAGGUGGUUCUGAUGAUGACGAUCACGAUAAUACUACUUCUAGUGGCCAUACAGGAGUUUGGGUGGCUUUGGGUAUAUUUGGAGGUUGUUUAAUUUUGGGAACAGGAUAUUACUGUUACAAAAGGAAGAAAACUAAGGUGGACACUUUAAUUUGA